AUGGACGCCGACGACGCGAUCGCGCCGUUACCGCCGCCGCCGUGCGGGCUGGUGCCGCGCGAGCGACGCGCGCGCGACGGUGGGACGCGCGCGAGCGACGGUGGGGAGACGGUGGGGAGACGAAGCGACGGGUGGACGCCGACGACGACGACGGCGACGGUAAACGUGGACGCGGAGGCGGCGAAACCGGUCGUGGUGGUGCACAGACGCGCGCGGCGCGCGCACAGAAGCGCGCGGACGCCGUCGAGGAGGUCGUGGAAGCGGUUCGGCUUGGCGCGACUGCGGCCGCGGAGAGCGAAUCGGCGGUUGCGAAAAGGAUUGGCGACGACGAGGGAGCGAGGGACGGCGUUGGCGAUCUCAGGGGCGGCGGUGAUUGGGAAAUCGUUGGAGGAGGCGAUCGAGGCGUUUAAUAAGGUUGGGUUCGUCGGGAAAUUGAGGUUUGGAUUGAGAGCCGUCGGCGGCGCGGCCAAGGCGUUCGGGGUGGCGGCGGCGAGCGCGACUUUGCGAUGUUGGGCGCCUAAAGUGCACGGCGCUUUGACGGUAAUGCUCGUGGCGUGUGCGUCGACGAAGCGCGGGGGGGAUGGAGCGCUCGUGAGGUUCGUGGAGGGAAAGGUGCCUGGGAAGCUCGGACGCGCGUGCGUCCGAGCGAUGGCGGCAGCGCCGAAGAGCGCGCGAGGGACGCUCAGGAGGUGGGCGACGUGGCAGGCGAUCAGACUGGGGAUGCGCUUAACUGCGAGGAGGCAACAGAGGAAGGUCGAUUAUUCAAUGCGCGUCGCGCCCGUGAUCGCGUCUUACAUGAUCGCCAAGCGACGCAUCGGACGAAUCAAGGAAGUUGAGAGGCGCGACGUCGAGUGGGAGAAGCAACAUCACUGGGGGGCGGCUCGAAUGCGAGACGUCAUUGAGGACUUUGGAGGAUUCUAUAGAAAGGUUGGACAGAUCGCGGGGACGGCGAAGCAGAUGAUGCCGGCGCCGUACAUUGAGUGUUUCUCCAAGACAAUGGAUAACAAUCCGCCGGUGUCGUUCCGUCUGGUGCGCAGAACCUUGGAAGAGGGUCUCGGAGGGCCGCUCGGUUUACACUUUGCCGAGCUCAGCCGCAAGCCCGUGGCGACGGCAUCGAUUGCUCAGGUGCAUUUCGGGCGCCUGCUCGACGGGCGUGAGGUUGCCGUGAAAGUGCAAGCCACGGACGCGGCGAUGAUGAUAGGCGACAUCGAGAGCAUGCUCAGCACGACCAGGGCCAUGCGGUGGUUGGGAUUGGAUGAAGGCCUGGACUUCCCAACAAUCUUUCGCGCGUACCUGGACGUCAUCGAGGAAGAAUUCGACUUCACGAUCGAGGCGUCAAAGAUGGACGAGUUCAGAAAGGUGCUCGAUGCCGCCGGAUUGGGCGACCGGCUUGCCGUACCGCAAGUUAUCACGGCGACCCGACGUGUGCUGAUCAUGCGUCGCGUGCGCGGCGUGAAACUUCUCACCCUCUUCAAUCGUGCUCGCGCGACGAACAAGAUUCCUCGAUGCCCGUCUCCCGUUGCUCAGUGCCACGCCGUCGGCGGCUUUGGUUGGCAGGGCGUCUUUCACUCGAUGUUCAUGGCCUGGGGGACGAUGAUGCUCAAACACGGACACUUUCACACCGAUCCGCAUCCGGGUAACUUCAUGGUCGCCCACGACGGUAAGUUGAUCCUGCUCGAUUGGGGACAGACGAAGCGCGUGAGCGAGGUCGAGCGCAUGCACAUGUGCAGGCUGUCCCUGUACAUGGCGAACGAGGACCACACGAACAUCGCGAAAGAGAUACGCAGCCACGGCUCGGUUCGACUGGAGCGCCCGACCACAGAGGCGUUGAGCGCGCUCUCUUACGCUUAUUUCGACACGCGUCCUUCGCCGUUGGCGGAGAUGAACGUAAUGGAUUUCAAGAACUCGCCAUUCGUGCAAAACAAAAUUUUACAAAAUACGCAGGAAGGUUUCUUUGCGAUUCGAAGUGUCUUCCUGUUACGAGGGAUGCUCAGCACGUGCGCGCUGCGCAUGUCUAUGGUCCAGGCGUGGGAGCCGAUCGCUCGGAGCGCCAUGAUUCUCAAUGGUGAAGCGCCGCCGAGUCGUUUCCGAUUGAAGACGCAGUUCAUCAUAAACCGUUCGUUACUCGGAUUCCAGCGCCGGUUCAACGUCGGCGCCGGCGCACGCGUGAACGCCGUAGAUGAGUACAUGUCGACAAAACGCGACAAGGACGAGGCGAAUGGAACGCUCUGGCCCAAUAGCUCCAGUUUGUUCUGA